GAUAACGGGUCUUGGAUAAAGCGCAGCUCAGGCCAAGUGUAUUUAUAUCGUUGGAUGCGUAUUAUUUUUGGACGACUCUAUACACAUUGUUCUUAUACAACAGAAUUAAAGGAAAUAAUCCAACAGAAAUGGCGUAUCAAUUUUAGUUUUAUUUAUAAGUAGAUUUUUGUUCCGAUAGCAGUGUUCAGAUCUGAGAGCGUUUAACAACAAUCGUCGUGUGAUCCUGGGAUCCUAGUGAUGGUUGAUGAUGGAGGAGAAAGGCCCCCGUGUAGCAGACUACUUUGUGGUAGCAGGACUCACUGACUCCUCGAAGCCCUUAGAGGAGGAGGUGCAGCUGGAGGACGGCCCCCGGCAGGCCCCUGGGGGUCGGUCCCUGGCCCCCAUCACGGAUGUCGCUGUGGUCAUACGCUCGCUGGGGGAGGAGGUGCCUUCUGGGUACAUGUGCCUGGAUGUGACUCCCUCUGGUCUGUCAGCAGAGCUGAAUGGAGCCAGCCUCAGAGGGCCUCAGAUCUUCCUCUGCUACAAGAGAGGCCGGGAUAAACCCCCUCUCACCGACCUGGGAGUUCUGUAUGAGUGGAAGGAGAAGCUGAAACCUGGCUGCCACAUCGUUCAGACAACGCCCUGUGGUCGCCCUGCCAACAUCAGUAGCUCCUCCUCCCAACGAAUCUACAUCACCUAUCGCCGUGCACCACAAAGUCAGCCUCACACAUCGUUAGCUGUCACAGAUGUCUGCAUCAUCAUUCCGGGGAAAGGAGAGACGCCCCCUCACACCUUCUGCAAAGUGGACAAGAACCUCAACAGCAGUAUGUGGGGAUCCUCAGUGUACCUGUGCUACAAGAAGUCUCUGGCUAAAACCAACACCAUUGCAUAUAAAGCAGGUCUGCUGUCUAGAUACCCCGAGGAGGACGAUGUCUCCUUCCCACUGCCCGAAUCCGUCCCACUGUUCUGUCUUCCAAUGGGAGCGAGCAUUGAGUUCUGGCCCGCCCACACGAAGCACUCCCUGCCGGUCUUCUCCACCUUCGUUCUGACCAGGGCCUCCGGGGACAAGGUUUAUGGAGCUGCCAUUCAGUUCUACGAGUCGUACCCAGAAGACCAGCUAACUGACCGACAGCGUUCCCUCCUGGGCCUAACGAGUACCUGCAGUAGAGGCGACGUGUCAAGGAGUGUCCAUGUUAACAAGAGCAUCUGCCUGCUGUCACACUGGCCUUUCUUCGAUUCCUUCCGGAACUUUCUGACAUUCCUCUACCGAUAUUCCAUCUCAGGACCCCAUGCUCUGCCUAUAGAGAAGCACAUCUCCCACUUCAUGCACAAGGUCCCAUUUCCCAGCUCACAGAGACCCCGCAUCCUACUUCAGCUGUCUCCACAUGAUAGUCUGAUGUUGAGUCAGCCUGUCUCCUCCCCUCUGCCUCUCAGUGGUGGCCGUCUCUCCACUCUGCUCCUGAACUUAGGUCCUAAGAAUGCGGCCACCCUGCUGGUUCUGGCUGUCACGGAACACAAGAUCCUGGUCCACUCUCUCAGACCAGCCGUGCUGACCAGCGUUACUGAGGCUCUGGUGUCGAUGAUAUUCCCGUUCCAUUGGCCGUGCCCUUACAUCCCUCUGUGCCCUUUGGCCCUGGCGGGGGUCCUCUCCGCACCCUGCCCCUUCAUCGUGGGGGUCGACUCACGAUACUUUGACCUCUAUGUGCCUCCAUCCGACGUCUGCUGUGUUGACCUGGACACCAACAACAUAUUGCAUAAAGAUGAGAAGAGGGCCCUAACGUGGAAGAUACUACCAAGGAGAGCCUGCAAACACCUCCUCAGUGCUCUGGGCAGCCUCUACCAACAACUGACUGAAGGUGGCCUAGCCAACAGAGAGGACGGUCACACCGAGCCCACAGCCCGUGAUCCAGACCUGGCUUGCGGGGGGAAGAGCCUCCACACACUGGAGAUGGAGAUACAGGAGUCCUUCCUCAGGUUCAUGGCAGCCAUCUUGAAAGGCUACCGCUCCUACCUGCUGCCCAUCACCCAGGCCCCGUCUGAGAGGACCACGGACGCCGGCUCGCUGUUCGACCUGCAGGGGUUCUUAAAGAGCCGGGACCGUUCACAUCAGAAGUUCUACUCCUUGAUGAUCAAGACCCAGAUGUUUAUCCGGUUCAUCGAGGAGUGUUCUUUCGUUAGUGACAAAGAUGCCAGCCUGGCCUUCUUUGAUGAGUGUGUCGAUAAGCUUUACACCAAUGGAAGCAAGACAGACAGUGAUCGUCCUGAAGACUUGAAGUUGAUAGAGCUGGAUGAAUCCCAUCGCAGUGAACACACAGUCUACAUCAACCCUCCUGACCUGCCCCCCUUACCCCCGGGACAGGAGUACCCGCUCUGCUACAGCUACUCUGGGUUUCCGGUGCUGAGUCCUGACCUGUUGGAUCUCCAGGAGGGCCCCCACCCCUCCUCCGCCCAGAUGACUCAGAGACACGUCAGUCCCGUCAGUCCUGCCACCAUCUUCAGACGCUCCAAACAGGAGGUCCGGUCGGCCCAGAGAAUGGCUAGAACCUACUCCUCAGUACCCCAGAUGUGGUCCAAGUGUCUACUGCGCCACUGCUACGGGCUGUGGUUCGUCUGCCUGCCGGCCUACACUGCCGCCUGCCACUCCAAGGUCCGAGCGCUACGCGUGGCCUACGACGUCCUGAGGAGGAUGCAGGACAAGAAGAUACAGGCCCCUGAUGAGGUGUGCUACCGUGUCCUGAUGCAGUUGUGCGGUCAGUAUGGCCAGCCAGUCUUGGCGGUCAGGGUUCUGUUUGAGAUGAAGAAAGCUGGUGUGCAUCCCAACGCCAUCACCUAUGGUUACUACAACAAGGCAGUAUUGGAGAGCACAUGGCCAUCCAGUACCAGAGGGGGCUACUACCUGUGGGGCAAGCUGAGGAAUGUUGUCUUGGGUGUGGGGAGGUUCAAACAGCUGGGACGGAAAAACACAGCCCACAGCCAGGACCAAACCCAGGCCAGAGACACACAACUAUCGGACUGCAGUGAUCUGGACACCGUCAGCCAUGGUAGUGUGGAUAGUGUUAACGAUUCCACUGAACACAUCUCCAUCGAUACUGAUUUCACUAAGAUGGACUCCAGCGAUGAUGGAUCCAGCACAGGGGGUCAGUCAGACCAAGGCUAUGACUCUUUGUCCAAGGAGGAGGAGAGGAUGGCAGGAAGAGAGAACAACACUAGACCAUUGGUGAAGAUACAGCGGAAAACUGAUCUUGCAUUUGGAGUUGGUUGCUGGUGUCUGACAACACGAGGACCAAAGAAGUGUCAUUGUCAAGUUGGCCGUCAUGAUGUAGAUAAUCAGAACAAAUCCAUCAGAGACUUUGUCAAAGCAUUAUUCGUGCCAAAAUCAACUGCUUAUGUGGCAAGUCAGGCCCCAAACGCCACCAUCUCUACUGCCCCUGGAGAUACCAGUAACCCUACUGUCCCUGGAGAUUCCACCACCAGCUCUGUUGCUCCUGGAGAUACCAUCAACCCUACUGCCCCUGGAGUCACCAACAUCAGCUCUUCUGCCCCUGUAGAUGUCACCACCAGCUCUACUGCCCAUGGAGAUGCAACCACUAGCUCUACUGCCCCUGGAGAUACCACCACCAGCUCUUCUGCCCCUGUAGAUACCAUUACCAGCCCUACUGCUCCUGUAGAUAGCACACAUUUUUUUGGAACCCGACCAAAGAGUCGGAGACUGAGGCCUAACUCCCUGGACCUGACCGGAGGACAGGGCUCACUCAGGAGCAUCACUCUCAACUUCACCUCCACUACCAAGCAGAUCCACGGCCCACCUCCAAAACGCCCCCCACCACCCACCAGCCGUCCUGGGAAAGUUGAGUCCUCUUGGGAAUCGCUGACCCAGAGCCAGGACAGACUGCAUGCGCAGGGAGCAGACAAGGCAGAAGUCAGCGAGGAGGUGGAGAGGAGAAGGAGCACGAGCUGCAGUGGUGGAGUUGCUGAGAGGGAGGAGGUCUGCAGUGUUGUAGCUGGGGCUGGAGCUGUGAAAAUGACUGGUGUGGUUGAAACAGGCUUGGACCCUCUGUCUCUGAUAGCAGCUGAGAUGGAGACAGAGAGGGACAGAGGUAGCUGUACACCCACUACCCACAGGGACCUGGCCCAGGAGAUAGAGAUGUACAUGCAGGCCACCAGCCCCCUGAGCAGCAGGACCUCCAGUAUGGACCUCCAGAUCUCAUCCAGCCCAAUGCUCCAUGCUACGCUACCCCUCCACUCCACCCCUGUGCCCUCCACCCACCCCCAUGCCACCAGCUCCCCAUCCCCCCAUUCCUCCCCUGUGCCCUCCACCCACCUCGAUGACACCAGCUCCCCGUCCCCCCAUUCCACCCCUCAACCACCAAGCGUCCUUCGCUCUCCCCGCCCCUCCCCCCGACCACGCCCUCUCAGCUUAACCUAUUCACCCCUUACAUCCCCCAGACCUCCCCCUCCUCUGCUCAGGGCUAACUCCAACCUGCCCCUCUCCAGACCCAGAGAAGUUCUCCGGUCCUCACCCUCACUCCCCCUGGGGUCAUCUCGUCCAUCCUCCCUGGUGUCGCCCUGCUCCCCCACUCCCUCCACCUCCUUCUCCAUGGACGCUCUCCUCACCCCCAGUCUAAGCUUGGACAUGUUCAAGAGCAGCUUCCUGUCUGCUGGGAAGGGCGUGGCUGAGAAGGCUAGCAGGCUGUACUCUCGGCUCUCCUCACAGACCUCGCUGACACAAGAUGUGAACUGUGACCAGAUAAGCGUGUCAUCAAUGACAUCAGGAGACCCGGAAUGCACCUCUUUGUUAGAGGAGGGCUCUAUCCUGGACCCAGAAGGGUUCUCCUCCCGAACUUCAUCUUUCACCGCCUCCUACGCUUCCCCCCAGCACGACAGCAUCAUGCGCCUCCGGGGGAGUCCAGCCCGGGGACGCCCUGCCUCUCAGAGCCCCAGCACGCCCUCCCGGGUGUUCCGCCACAACUCCUUCUCUGGUGGUUUAGCUCCUUCUAUCCGGCCUCCUCAGACUCCAGAGUCUUCUCCUGACGCCUCCCGCGUCCACCUCAGUCAACACUAUACUACCGAGGUGCUGAUGUGGAGCUGCUGUCACUGUAAGACAUGUGACUGUCUGGUGUACGACGAGGAGAUCAUGGCAGGAUGGACCGCUGACGACUCCAACCUCAACACCACCUGUCCCUUCUGUGGCUCCCCGUUCCUCCCCUUCCUUAACGUUCAGAUCAGGGACCUUAGACUCAGGAGCAGUGUAGAGAGAGGCCCAUCCACUGGAGAAUCAUUGACAUCCCAGUUAUCCACAGUUUCACCAAAAGAGCAACAGCAGAACUCUGGGAGUUUAGUCCCAACAUCAACCCUAACCCAUGACCCAGUCCCAAUAUCAACCCUAACCCAUGACCCAGUCCCAACAUCAACCCUCACCCAAGACCCAGUCCCAACAUCAACCCUCACCCCAGACCCAGUCCCAACAUCAACCCUCACCCAAGACCCAGUCCCAACAUCAACCUUAACCCUGGACCCAGUCCCAACAUCAACCCUCACCCCAGACCCAGUCCCAACAUCAACCCUAACCCUGGACCCAGUCCCAACAUCAACCCUCACCCUGGACCCAGUCCCAACAUCAACCCUAAACCCCGACCCAGUCCCAACAUCAACCCUCACCCAAGACCCAGUCCCAACAUCAACCCUCACCCAAGACCCAGUCCCAACAUCAACCCUCACCCCAGACCCAGUCCCAACAUCAACCCUCACCCAAGACCCAGUCCCAACAUCAACCUUAACCCUGGACGCAGUCCCAACAUCAACCCUCACCCAGGACCCAGUCCCAACAUCAACCCUAACCCAGGACCCAGUCCCAACAUCAACCCUAACCCAGGACCCAGUCCCAACAUCAACCCUAACCCAGGACCCAGUCCCAACAUCAACCCUAACCCUGGACCCAGUCCCAACAUCAACCCUAACCCAGGACCCAGUCCCAACAUCAACCCUAACCCAGGACCCAGUCCCAACAUCAACCCUAACCCAGGACCCAGUCCCAACAUCAACCCUAACCCAGGACCCAGUCCCAACAUCAACCCUAACCCUGGACCCAGGCUUGACAUCAACCUUGGGAAGUCCCUUGGACUGUGGAAGUGUGGCUGGUGACCCCCAGGCUCUGUCUUCAUGCCCGCCUUCAGCCCCUCACCCAGUAACCGUCCCCUACCUGAGUCCUCUCGUCCUGUGGAAGGAGCUGGAGUCUCUGCUGGGAAACGAGGGGGACCAGGUGAUGAGUUCCCCCAGCAUCGUGGACCAACAUCCCAUCGUCUUCUGGAACCUGGUGUGGUUCUACCGCCGACUGGAACUGCCCUCCAAUCUCCCAGGGCUCAUACUGGCCUCACAGCACUGCACACAGGGAUAUGGGCUGCAGGUCCCUGGUCAGAGCGUGUCAUCGGAGGACAGUAAACAUGUGCUGGUCAGGAUCCUGUGGGACAACCUGCAGCUACAACACGACCCUGUCAGGCCUUUAUACACACUCUGGAACACACACUGCUCCUCUUCCUGGUCCAGAGGCCCAGUUUGUGGGGAGAAGGAAGGCCAGCCCCAGGACCAUCUGUUCCCAGCGGAGGUCCUCCAGGGCAUGGUGAGGAGCCUCCAGAGGAGUGAUGUCUACCAGCCCAUGAGUGUCAUCCUACGACUGCUGGGACCAGAGCUGGGCUUCAGCCGACAGAGGAGUCUGUACAGAGACCUGCUGUUCCUGGCGCUAACCUCUCUGGGCAAGAACAGCGUCAGUAUCGAUGCAUUUGACCGUGAAUACAAGGCUGCGUACGACCGGCUAACCCCCAGCCAGGUGAAGCUAACUCAUAACUGUGACCGACCUCCGGGCGCUGGGGUCAUGGAGUGCAGGAGAACAUUUGGGGAACCCAGUCUUUGAUCCCCCCCUCUAUUUCCUUCUAAUCACCUCACCUCCUUCACCUCCACAUCUGGAGAACUUUAUGGUUCUCAGUCAGUGAUCUCCUCCUACUCCUCAGCUGGGAUUUUACUUUAUCUUCUCUGGCUCAUUUCCAAAGCUCCACCUCCCCUUGGAAGCCGAGUCUCUUCUCCUCUCACCUCCAUGUUUUCUUCUCUCACAUCCUCUGAUCACCAUCCAUCGAUCCAUCAUCCAUUUAAUCCUCUCUGUGGGUCUGGUGUUGUUCUCCAGACUUUGCCUGAUCCACCUGAUUAACUGUAACUAGCCAGGGGUGAACUUCAAAGGAAACCCGGAGGGACUGACCUCAAUCUGUUACUAAAUUCUGUUACUAAAGUUUGAAACUAUUUGCUAUGAUGUGUAGAAAUGAACGUACACCAGGCAACGACAGAACCCACCUCAUCUUGACAUAGCAAUGAUAUACAGGACCAAUCUCACCUGGACACUAACGAACAGAACCCAUCUCACCUGGACACUAAUGAACAGAACCCAUCUCACCUGGACACUGACCACCAGGACUCAUCUCACCUGGACACUGACCAACAGGACCCAUCUCACCUGGACACCAACGCACAGAACCCAUCUCACCUGGACACUAACGAAGAGAACCCAUCUCACCUGGACACUAACGAAGAGAACCCAUCUCACCUGGACGCUCGUACUACAUACCAAAUGGUAUUACAGUACAGGUCUCUGGUACCACAUGGUAUUACAAUACAGGUCUCUGGUACUACAUGGUAUUACAGUACAGGUCCCUGGUAUGACAGUAUUACAGUACAGGUCUCUGGUACUACAUAGUAUUACAGUACAGGUCCCUGGUACUACAUGGUAUUACAAUACAGGUCUCUGGUACUACAUGGUAUUACAGUACAAGUCCAUGGUACUACAUGGUAUUACAGUACAGAUCCUUGAAACUACAUGGUAUUACAGUACAGGUCCCUGGAACUACAUGGUAUUAAAAACAGGUCCCUGGUACUGCAUGGUGUUACGGUACAGAUCCCUGGUACUACAUGGUAUUAUGGUACAGGUACUACAUGGUAUUAUGGUACAAGUCUCUGGUACUACAUGGUAUUACAGUACAGGUCCCUGGUACUACAUGAUGUUACAGUACUGGUUCUGGUACUACAUAGUAUUAUGGUACAGGUCUCUGGUACUACAUGGUGUUACGAUACAGGUCCCUGGUACUACAUGGUAUUGCAUUAUAGGCCCCUGGUACUACAUGGUUUUACAGUAAAGAGCCAUAAUAUUACAGUACAGUGGUAUGGUAAUACAGGGGUUAUAUAUGUGUCGGGUUGUAUUAUAGAUAUCCCUCAGUAUUUUCACUAGGAUGACAUUACCAAUAUAUUUGUAUUAUACACAGUUAUAUUUGAAGACAAUCUGUUUGUUUUUAAUUUGUGACUGAGUGUGUGAACAUUUUGUUUUUAGAGUUUCAUGUCUGUUAUGCACCACAUAUAGGACUGUUUGUUUUUUUCCUCUAGUUUGACACUUUAUUGAGACAGCUGUGGAAUGCCAGACUGUAGGGUCUAAGCGGGGGGGCUGUGAUGACGUCUCUUAGGGAGGAGUGUUAUAGGACCAUACCCGCUAGAACACAGAACCCCUGUCGCCAUGGCAAUAUUCUCACCGUCUUGUUACUGUCUUUUACACAACAAUGUGAUUUGAAGCACUUUGCCAGGAGGAACUUACAGUAACUGUAAUGAGAUUUUUUACAGUAAAAAAAAUGGAAAUAAGUAAUAUACUGUAUUGUCUGUUUUGAGGACCCAUAACUUACUGCACUUACAGUUGAUGGCACAGCUAUAUCAUAAUCUCCCUUUCAGCAAACUCACAUGAUGGAUCUACAUUUGACUAGCCUGGCCCCAGAUCGAGCUAGUCCAAUCUGUCCCCCCGUCUCUGGCAGGGCCAGAGAAAAUCAACAGUUAAGGAGCCAUUUUGUUUUGGGGUUCGAUAAUUGACUGUAUUGUUGGGAAAAUAAAAAUUAAUGCGUUAUAUUCUUUACUUACAUGGGCAUGAAAUAUUAAUUUGUUAACCAUCAUGUCUUUGUACCUUUAUAGGUGUUUUCAUUAAUUGUUUAUUUUCUACAAAGCAUGACUAGAAACAAAACAAAUGAGUCUACAAAAAAGGGAAAUUAUUGAUGUAUGAUUUGUUAAUGUUUUUAAUUAGUUGAUUUAUCAAGCAAUACAUUUUUAUAAAGUCAUUUUAUUAUCAUUGGUUGGAAACUGGUUAUGGGUCCAUAAAUGUUUAAUCAACACAAAUACACAUAUCAUUUUUUUUGUAAAUACAUUUAUUUAUUGACACAUACCAGAAGCUAUAAAUGUACCUAGAUUAUAGGAAAUGGGAGCUGUCUUACAAUUGAUUAGAUUAUACGUUAAAGUAUCUAUAUUCUUCUGACUUUAGUUUGAAACAAUUUCACCAACAAUUAACUUUUUUAUAUUAUGAACAGUUGGAGAAUGAAUCCAGAACAUUCCAGAACCAAAUGGUUCCAAAACUGAAUGGUU